UUACGUUUAGUUGAAAAAUAAGCCAAAUAUUUGCAGCAGAACCUUUGUACUUCUAGGAGGACAGACUAGAAGUUCUGAAACGACACAGAGGAAGCAGAUACGGUAGAUUGCGAAGUUCAACAUCAUGAGCACUGCAGGGAAAGUCAUUAAGUGCAAAGCUGCCGUUGUCUGGGAAGUCAAAAAACCAUUUAGUAUUGUGGAAAUAGAAGUUGCCCCACCUAAGGCACAUGAAGUUCGUAUUAAGAUUUUGGCAUCUGGAGUCUGUCGCUCCGAUGACCAUGUGCUGAAUGGGGCAAUGGAGGUAAAAUUCCCCAUUAUUCUUGGUCACGAGGCAGCUGGUGUUGUGGAGAGCGUUGGAGAAGGGGUUACCUGUGUGAAACCAGGAGACAAAGUCAUCCCACUCUUUGCCCCACAGUGUGGAGAAUGCAGCGCAUGCAAACAUCCCAGAGGCAAUAUGUGCAAAAUGUGCGACCUUGGCGCCUCUGGAUUAAUGCCCGAUGGCACCAGCAGGUUCACUUACAUAGGCCAGCCGAUCCACACCUUUGCCAGCACUAGCACCUUCACAGAAUACACUGUGGUGCAUGAGUCUUCGGUGGUCAAAAUUGAUGCUGCAGCGCCUCCAGAAAAAGUGUGUCUGAUUGGCUGUGGGUUUUCUACUGGCUAUGGCGCUGCCAUCAACAGUGCAAAGGUGGAGCCUGGUUCAACCUGUGCCGUAUUUGGUCUGGGAGGAGUUGGCCUCUCAACUGUCAUGGGCUGCAAAGCAGCUGGAGCCACCCAAAUCAUCGGGGUCGACAUCAACAAGGAUAAAUUUCCCAAGGCUAAAGAGAUGGGAGCCACGGAGUGUGUCAACCCUCUGGAUUACAAGAAGCCCAUCAAUGAAGUGCUGUUUGACUUGACAGAUGGUGAAGGUGUUGACUAUUCAUUUGAAGUGAUUGGGCGCACAGACACCAUGACUGCUGCCUUGGCUUCCUGCCACAUGAAUUAUGGUACCAGCGUGAUUGUCGGAUUGCCCCCUUCAACUUCUGAAAUUACCUUCUCUCCACAACUUAUCUUCACGGGGCGCACUUGGAAAGGAUCUAUAUUUGGAGGUUGGAAAAGCAAACAUGCUGUCCCCAAGCUGGUUUCAGAUUUCAUGGGAGGGAAGUUUGCUCUGGAUCCACUAAUUACCCACACUUUGCCUUUUGAUAAAAUCAACGAGGGCUUUGAAUUGCUGCGCUCAGGAAAAAGUAUUCGCAGUGUCCUGGUAUUCUAAAGUCCAUGGUGAUGAGGAAGAACACAAGACCUUUGCAGGCUCAGAUUGCCACAUUGCCUAGUAGGACAUAUGUGAAAAUGACUGGACUCUGCAAUGCUCAUUUAUCAACAUGUUGGUCUAUCCCAAGACCGUCACAUUUUGCCUCCAAACGCAACAGAAGAAAAUUACCAUAAACCCAAUCUUACGUUGUGAUUCAAACUAUCAAUAUCCUGUAUAAUGAAGCAACAACACAAAUAAUUAUUAUCAUGUAUUUCAAAGGUGAGAGGGUGGGUAGUUUAGGCAGCUGUCUUAUAUAUAUUUGGGAGAAAGCCACACUGAACCCAGUGGAAUAUACAUGCCGUAAAUCAGUAGCUUGAAAUCUCUUUACAGAAAUAAAUUUGGUACCGUUUUACAUUGUUAAUAAAUAUAGGACAUGGAGGUUUCUCGGUGAUGCACAGAUGAUAACAAUUUCCUGAGAACUCCUUAAGGAAAAUUGCUGUGAUUUUUGUAUGUUUUGAUAUGAAAUUCUGGCGAUGGCAAAGUAGUUCAAGUUUUUGCUGCUUAAAUUCCAGAGUGUGUGUGGUUGGUGCCUUAUAUUGCAAGGAGUGGUAAACUGUAUGGAUUAUUUCAUAAACACCUAAUAAAAAUAGUUAUGAAUUCCAGUG